GUUAGCAGUUACGAUUCGAUCGAGGUGGUGAAUGGACAACACGGUUUUGUGUUGGAGAUAUAUUUGUUUGCAGUGUGAAGUGAUUUGAAGUGAAAAUGGCCGGCGCUGGAAGGGGCGAAGGGCGGGGACCGGUGACCGGGAAGCUGGAGUCCCAGAUCUACUGCAUCAAGUACACGCUGUUUUGCUUCAACGUCGUGUUAUGGUUGUUCGGCGUCUCCAUAUUCGCUCUGUGCCUCUGGAUUUGCGUUGAACCAGGAUUUAACGAGUGGAUGAAGAUCUUAGAGCUCCAGAAAUACUUUAUCGGAGUCUACAUCAUCCUUAUUGCGUCUCUUGGUAUCAUGGUCGUGGCUUUCCUUGGUUGCGGAUCAGCUCUCAUGGAAAAUGUUAAACUAUUGUAUGCGUAUAUAGCAUCACAAAUAGCUAUAUUUGUGUUCGGCUUAAUCGGUGCUUGCGUUGUUCUGGACUUCUCCACCUAUGACUCUAGCAUCCAGCCUCUCAUCAGGGAUGUUAUCGUGCGAUUGAUGAACAACCCUCAACACGAAGGUAGCCGGGAGAUCCUUAGGAUGGUGCAAGAAGGAAUUGGAUGCUGCGGUGCUGAUGGUUCAAUGGACUACAUCAACAUGAACAAGCCUCUACCCUCCGAAUGCCGCGACUCCGUCACCGGUAACGCUUACUUCCACGGCUGUGUUGACGAGCUGACCUGGUACCUUGAAGGCAAGACCGGAUGGUUGGCUGGCAUCGUGCUUGCUUCCUGCAUGAUUUCUGUUGUGAAUGCAGUCAUGUCAAUGGUCCUCAUCCAAGCCGUCAAGAAAGAAGAAGAGGAGGCUACCAUAUACAAAUAGACAUAGAAACUAACACAAUAAGCAAUUAAUUUUGUUAUAUUAAUGCUUAAGUAAAUAUUUUUUUAAAUAAUAACUUGACAGAACAAAGACAGCUGUUUGAAAACAUCCACCGUGUUUAAGUUAGGUAUAACUUAGAUUUUAAUUUGAUGUAACCUUUUGUUUUUAAAUAAAUUUUAUUUUUACGGCCA